CAAAAUAUCGUUUCAGAGGAAGCUUCAAUAUCUCCAACUCCUAUCACGAGAUAUGAAACUAUUUCUCACGCACUGAGUGAGUAUAUGAAACUAUCAAAGAACUUUUUCUCCCUCUACAACUCUACUACAGUAGAGAAAGAUUCCCUCUUCCUCUACAACCCAACAACUAGAUAUAUUAAAGAGAGAGGCACCAAAAACACCAAUCUCUUUAUUUCUUACACUACCAUCUUCUUCACCUCCUCUUUCUGCUUCUUUAAUGGCGGCAGAGUCCAGCAGCGACAACCAAGAAGGGAAUCUUAGUAUUAUUGUGGAACGGAAUCCAUCUCAAUCACGAUUAUCCGAAUUGGGUAUUAAGUCAUGGCCAAAGUGGGGAUGUCCUCCAGGGAAGUUUCCACUCAAAUUCGACGCGGAAGAGACUUGUUAUCUACUCAAAGGGAAGGUCAGGGCAUACCCAAAAGGCUCCGCUGAGUUCGUCGAAUUUGGAGCGGGCGAUCUUGUAAUAAUACCCAAGGGACUUAGUUGCACCUGGGAUGUGUCGAUCGCCGUCGACAAGCACUAUAAAUUCGAUUGCUCUUCUUCAUCUACUUAGUAAUUAUCUUCUCUCUUUUACCUUAUUCUUCUUCUCUUUUUAACCUUCUUCUUCUUCUUCUUCUUCUUCUUCUUCUCUCUCAUUUAUGUUCUUUUUCUAAUGUUAGUUGUGGUUUUUUCUUCUUUAUUCUUGUAAUGCUUACAAAACCAAGUUAGAAGGUGGUUAGUGUUAUGAUUUCCAGUCAAAAAAACCGACUAGUCAAUGCACGUCCCAUUCAAACUAGUGUUAUUUAUUCCUUUGAAUGCUCCUUUGACAGCUUGUGUGGGGACAUAUGACUGAAGGGGUUUUAUCCUAAAACCCUCCUUUUUCGUGACAUGUAACAUUGUAAAUGGUUGAUGGCCUUAUUUCGUUUUA